AUGCAGCAGGUGGCCAAAAGGCCGUUUCAGCCUUGGAAGUCUCCGGUGGCAGCCCUGGAGUCCGGGGAAGCGGACCCAGCAUUGCACUUCGACGCCGGGCAUCCCAAGUGGUCCGGCGUGGAGGUGCUGACAUGCGUGAGUGGUGGGCGAUUUGUGAAGGUGAUGGACUUCCCCGUUUUUCACAUCUUCCGUGCUUCCACGCCUCUGCCAGUUCACAACGUCUGUGAGAAUCACGAGUGGGACGGCAUGCACAUGCGUCUCCGGUUUUAUCAAGAAUUUCUGGAAAAGUACCUUGCAUCCUCCGCUGGUGGUCGGCAGCGCCUCUUUAUCGUCUCUGACGGCAUGGAUGUCAUCUUCAACGAUCUGAGACAACUUCUUGAUGCAGAUCCCAGUUUGAAGGACCUUCGGCCGGUGGAGGCGGUUGCUCAGAUCAUCAUCCAGCGCUACGAGGCACUGGUUGGGGACUCCGAGUCUCUCGAGGUCGUCUUCUCCUCGGAGCGGCUCUGCGGCUGGGGGGGCGGCCACAUCUGUUCCGAGGAGGACGACGCGCACUACCCGCAGGGCUCAACGGACUCGAAGUACCUCAAUGCCGGAGGCUACAUCGGUCCUGCUUCAGCCCUGGUCCGGAUCAUCACGUGGGUCCUGGACCUUGCUGCGGAAGUGAAGGGGGGAGCCUUCCCAGACCUCCGCCGCAAGACCACAGCGGAGGACGCUAUCGCUGGAGAGACAGACCAGCUCUUCUUCAAGAUGUAUUUUUGGGAACACAGGGAGUCUGUGACGUUGGACUAUCAUCAGUCCAUCUUUGGGAAUUUUGUCGAGGUGGAGAACGUGGCUUGUCGCGACGGCUGGCGCCCGCGCUGUGCCAACCAGCCGUGCUGUACAGUUAGCGACAGUUUCAAACGCUUCCACGACGUGUUCUAUGGGAACUACGUGAUUCAGGGAUGCGCGUUGUGGCGGAGGAAUCAUCUCCCCAUUACGUGGCAUGGCAACGGCGCGGGCAAGUGGCUCUGGCUGCUCUCACUGGAAGAGCUGUCAAGAAGUUGUCCAUUCUUGGCAAAUCUCACUGUUCAGAGGUAUCCGGUUCAGCCAAUUCUUGACUUGUUCGACCAGUUCGACACGGCCAGAGCAGACAGACAGAAUGCGAUGCGCUGA